AUGUCAUCGUUAGAAACUAGGUCGAGUGGAGAUGUCACAAAGAAUUUAGCCUCAGUUUCAAGCAGCCUUUUACCAGCUUUUGGAAUUGAUGUUGAUGAUGGUUACUUGCACCUGAAGAAAUAUGUUAUUGCUCCUUAUGAUAGAAGAUACCGGUGGUGGCAAACAUUCCUUGUGGUGUUGGUGGUGUACUCAGCAUGGGCAUCUCCUUUUGAGCUUGCAUUUAAGAAGGCGGCUACCGGAGGAUUUCUGCCCGUCGAUUUGGUGGUUGAUGCCUUCUUUGCCGCCGAUAUAGUCCUAACCUUCUUUGUUGCUUAUUUGGACAAUACAACCUAUCUUCUUGUGGAUGAUCACAAGAAAAUUGCUCUACGCCUCGACUCUGCCAUUCCACAUCAUACACAGAAUCUUGACUGGCAAAAUACACGAAGGAGAGGUCUUCGGUUUUCUCAAUCUGCUUCGGCUUUGGCGACUCAGGUUACACUAUUUGUGGUUCACUCGGCAGGAUGUAUCUACUACUGGAUUGCUGUCCAUCAUGUAACAGAAGGUAAUACUUGGAUUGGAAAGCACGUUGAAGAUUUCGAACAAAGAAGCAUCUGGUUGGGCUACACGUAUUCCAUUUAUUGGUCCAUUGUUACCCUAACCACUGUCGGCUACGGAGACUUGCAUGCAGAAAACACGGGAGAGAAGGUUUUUAACAUGUUCUACAUGCUAUUCAACAUUGGCCUCACAGCUUAUAUAAUCGGAAACAUGACGAACCUUGUUGUCCGUUCCGCAGUUCAUACUUUUGCUAUGAGGAAUGCCAUCGAUCAGAUAUUAAGAUAUGCAAGCAAGAAUAGACUCCCAGAAGGAUUGAGAAAGCAAAUGCUAGCACACAUGCAACUCAAGUUCAAGACAGCAGAGUUGCAGCAAGAGGAGGUGUUGGAGAACUUACCAAAAGCAAUCAGAUCUAGCAUUGCUCAACAUCUUUUCCAUAGCAUCGUUGCAAAAACCUACCUUUUCAAAGGAGUAUCUGAAGACCUUAUUACCCAGUUGGUAUCAGAAAUGAAAGCAGAAUAUUUUCCUCCCAAGGUUGAAAUUAUUUUACAAAACGAGAUUCCGACAGAGUUUUACGUCUUAGUAACUGGAGCAGUGGACGUGCUGGUGUACAGGAAUGGAACAGAGCAGGUUUUGUCAAAACUAGUAUCUUCAGACAUGGCAGGGGAAAUUGGGGUUGUAUUCAACAUCCCACAGCCUUUUACAGUGAGGACGAGGAGACUUUCCCAGGUCAUCCGGCUCAGUCAUCAUCAUCUCAAGCAAAUGGCGCAGCCCCAUAGCGAAGAUGGAAAAAAAAUUAUCUUCAACUUCAUCCAGGUUGAAACACUUUACCUAAAGGAUUUGAAACGAGAGAUGCAAGAAGAAAUACCCUUUCUCAGGGAAUUGCUGGAAGACACAGCUGUGGAGAAAGCAACAUCAAAUGAGGGGUUACGAAGUUCUGAGGCACUAAAUUCUCAAAGAGAAACAAGUGUAGAAGGUAAAAAACUAGUAGUACUCAUACUCAACAGGGUGGCCAGACUGGGAAAAGGGCAGCAAAUAAAGAUUGGUGUACCUACAUCUCAUUAG